CUUGUACUCAUAUGUGUCGCCCAGAUUUGACGAUCAGAGAGAUAUGAAUCUGCCCUUUCAUUCGAUUUGAAAGUUGUGAUAAAAUAAAAUCUAUUGAUCCAUCGAUUUCUGGAAGCGAUCUCGAUUCCACAGGAUUGAUUGUUCGUCGACGAAGAUGAUGAAGAUGCAAAUUGGUGUGGUGGCAUUUCUGGUGACUCUCUCCAUAGCCUCCCUCGUAGAAUUUGGAUUGGCUUCUCCCAAUACCGUUCCUGCUUUCCUCUGGUCUCCGCAUCUCCAGCGUGCUAAUGGUGAAAUGGAUGAGGCUGUAAAUUAUCAGGUCAUGUCUGCAAAGGAUCUAGUAGCGUCUGUUUUCACUCAAGGAGGCUGGUCUAACUUUCUGUGCUCAGAGAAGAAACUUGAGCAGCCUGUUGAUGUCGCUCUUGUGUUCAUCGGCAGAGAGUUACUGUCUUCUGAUGUUUCUUCAAAAAAGAACUCGGACCCUUCCCUUGUUAACACAUUGAAUAAUCUAUUUACAGCCUCCAACUUCUCAUUGGCAUUCCCAUAUAUCGCUGCGCCAGAGGAAGAAAGGAUGGAGAAUUUGUUGCUUUCAGGGCUUAAAGAAGCGUGCCCUCACAAUGUAGGAGUCAACAAUAUUGUGUUCUCAGAUUCUUGCUUUGUUGAGGAUGGAGCAAUUCAGAAACUAUCAGACUUGCAGUCUUUCAAAGAUCAUUUGCUUGCUAGAAGAGAAACAAGGAAAGAUGGAGAAACUGACUUGGUUGUGCUCUGCUCUGAGGGUUCUGAAUCAAAUAGUCAAUCUGGCCAGCCACAUUCAGAGCGUGAAAGCAUCUCCGAACUUGUUAGUUCUGUGGAACAAUCUGGCAGUAAAUAUACAGCUCUAUAUGUUUCUGAUCCUUUUUGGUACACAUCUUACCAAACUCUCCAAAGGUUUCUAGCUGAAAGUGCUACAGGAAACAGCACUGUCGGUGUUACUACAACCUGCGAUGAACUCUGCAAAUUUAAGUCAUCGCUUUUGGAAGGCAUACUAGUGGGAAUCGUUUUCCUUCUCAUCUUGAUCAGUGGACUUUGUUGUAUGGCGGGUAUCGAUACACCGACUAGAUUCGAGACUCCACAAGAUUCUUGAGCUGUUGACCCCUUAAGAAUCAUCCCCACCUUUUGCUUUGCUUUUGCUUGUGACGGAUCUUUUCUUCUGCAUAGUGCGUAUGGUGAAACUUCAGUGUCGAUUGUUACAUUACUUUUAAAAAACAAAAUUUGCAUAAGCGAUAAAAAAUUCCCCUUGUAACAUUUAUUCAUCUUGUUUGUGAGUCUUUCUUAAACGUUAUAAAUUAAUAAUGGAGAACGAGUAAAAACCAGAGAGACAGUGGAAGGACUACAUUCUUUUAUAAAAUUUGCUAUUUCUUUCUC